AUGCAUGUACGGCACAAAUUGAAGUCAUUUACUGGUUUUGUCGACGUUAGAAAUUUUCCUGUUUGUCGUAAUUUGUGUUCGAAUACAAACCCAUUAUAUGUUUGCAACUCAAGAAUCACAAGAUGUUCCAAACUGGGGGAUAUAGAAACUGCACGCCGUGUGUUCGAUGAAACUCCCCAGAAGAAUGUGGUGACUUGGAAUUGUAUGAUAUCUGGGUACGUUAGGAAUGGGAUGAUUCGUGAGGCACGCAAGGUAUUUGAUGCUGUGCCCGGUAGAAAUAUUGUUUCUUGGACUGCUAUGUUAAGUGGGUACGCAAAAUGUGGAAUGUUGGAAGAGGCGCGAGUUUUGUUUGAGAAGAUAGAUAGCAAGAAUGUUGUUUGUUGGAAUUCAAUGAUAUCUGGGUAUGUAAGAAAUGGAGAAAUUAGAGAGGCUAGAAAAUUGUUUGAGGCAAUGCCUGUUAAGAAUUCUGUGUCAUGGGUGACUAUAAUUGAAGGGUAUUUUAGAUAUGGCCUUGUAAGUGAAGCCAAGAAGUUGUUUGAUCGUGCUUCAAAAAAAAGUGUCUUGGUUUAUAAUGCUAUGUUGGCCGGUUAUGCUGAAAUGGGAUAUGUUGAGGAUUCUUACGAGUUAUUUGUUAUAAUGCCUCAACGUGAUGUGGCUUCUUGGACUAGUAUGAUAAAGUGUUUUUCAAAUGGAGGGCAGGUGGAGAGAGCUAGGAGCUUGUUUCAGGAGAUGCCGGAAAAGGAUGUGGUGGCUUGGACAACAAUGAUGCGGGCUUAUUUGCAGAAUGGUCGUAUUGCAGAUGCUAGGGAAUUAUUUAAUGAGAUGCCUCAUAAAGACAUUGUUGCAUGGAACUCAAUGAUUGAUGGUUGUAUUCAGAAUGGAAGGGUUGAAGAUGCUCUUGAAUUGUUCAUGCAGAUGCCAAGGAGGGAUACAGUGUCAUGGAAUUCAGUAUUGCAGGGAUAUGUGCAACAAGAUGAUAUGAUUAAUGCUUGCAAAUUUUUUGAAGCAAUGCCCCAAAAAGAUGAAACCUCAUGGAACAUAAUGAUUGUUGGAUAUCAAAGCGAGAAAGCUUUAGUUUUAUAUGUCCACAUGUGGCAAAGUGGAUUUAAGCCUGAUCAAGGAACCUUUACUAGUGUAAUCUCGGUAUGUGGUGUGCUUUCUGUACAUGGUUGGGGAAGAGCAGUGCAUCUCCAUGUCAUUAAGAUUGGUUAUGAAAAUGAUACAAUGGUAAUGAGUUCAUUAGUAUCUAUGUAUUCUAGAUGUGGCUUCUUGAAAUAUGCUGCUGCUGCAUUUGAAAGGAUAACUGAUCGUGAUAUAGUUGCUUGGAAUGCCAUGAUUGUGGCACAGGCAUACCAUGGUUCUGCUGUAGACACCCUCAAUCUCUUCUCUUCUAUGAUUCGAGGUGGAUUAGAACCUGACCAUGUAACUUUUCUGGGACUCUUGACUGCCUGUGCUCAUUCAGGACUAGUCGAUGAGAGCUGGAAACACUUCAACUCUAUGAAGAUGAACUGGAAUUUGACACCAAAACCAGAGCAUUAUGCCUGCAUAGUUGAUCUACUUGGUAGAUCAGGAUUGCUGGCUGAAGCCUUUGAGUUAGUUAAACAAUUACCAGUGGAUCUCCCAGCACAUGCUUGGGAAUCAUUACUUAGUUCUUGUAGAGUCCAUGAAAAUUUUGAGCUAGGUGAAUUUGUAGCACUAAAACUUCUAAGUGUUCAACCUUGUAAUGUUGGGAUGUAUGUACUCCUAUCAAAUAUAUAUGCUUCGAGAGGUUUGUGGAAGGAAGCAGCACAUAUUAGAGCAGUAUUGAAGCAACUUCAAUUGAAGAAAGAGUUGGCAUGUAGUUGGAUUGAGAUGAAUGCCAAGAAGUUGUUUGAUCGUGCUUCAAAAAAAAGUGUCUUGGUUUAUAAUGCUAUGUUGGCCGGUUAUGCUGAAAUGGGAUAUGUUGAGGAUUCUUACGAGUUAUUUGUUAUAAUGCCUCAACGUGAUGUGGCUUCUUGGACUAGUAUGAUAAAGUGUUUUUCAAAUGGAGGGCAGGUGGAGAGAGCUAGGAGCUUGUUUCAGGAGAUGCCGGAAAAGGAUGUGGUGGCUUGGACAACAAUGAUGCGGGCUUAUUUGCAGAAUGGUCGUAUUGCAGAUGCUAGGGAAUUAUUUAAUGAGAUGCCUCAUAAAGACAUUGUUGCAUGGAACUCAAUGAUUGAUGGUUGUAUUCAGAAUGGAAGGGUUGAAGAUGCUCUUGAAUUGUUCAUGCAGAUGCCAAGGAGGGAUACAGUGUCAUGGAAUUCAGUAUUGCAGGGAUAUGUGCAACAAGAUGACAUGAUUAAUGCUUGCAAAUUUUUUGAAGCAAUGCCCCAAAAAGAUGAAACCUCAUGGAACAUAAUGAUUGCUGGAUAUCAAAGUGAGAAAGCUUUAGUUUUAUAUGUCCACAUGUGGCAAAGUGGAUUUAAGCCUGAUCAAGGGACCUUUACUAGUGUAAUCUCGGUAUGUGGUGUGCUUUCUGUACAUGGUUGGGGAAGAGCAGUGCAUCUCCAUGUCAUUAAGAUUGGUUAUGAAAAUGAUACAAUGGUAAUGAGUUCAUUAGUAUCUAUGUAUUCUAGAUGUGGCUUCUUGAAAUAUGCUGCUGCUGCAUUUGAAAGGAUAACUGAUCGUGAUAUAGUUGCUUGGAAUGCCAUGAUUGUGGCACAGGCAUACCAUGGUUCUGCUGUAGACACCCUCAAUCUCUUCUCUUCUAUGAUUCGAGGUGGAUUAGAACCUGACCAUGUAACUUUUCUGGGACUCUUGACUGCCUGUGCUCAUUCAGGACUAGUCGAUGAGAGCUGGAAACACUUCAACUCUAUGAAGAUGAACUGGAAUUUGACACCAAAACCAGAGCAUUAUGCCUGCAUAGUUGAUCUACUUGGUAGAUCAGGAUUGCUGGCUGAAGCCUUUGAGUUAGUUAAACAAUUACCAGUGGAUCUCCCAGCACAUGCUUGGGAAUCAUUACUUAGUUCUUGUAGAGUCCAUGAAAAUUUUGAGCUAGGUGAAUUUGUAGCACUAAAACUUCUAAGUGUUCAACCUUGUAAUGUUGGGAUGUAUGUACUCCUAUCAAAUAUAUAUGCUUCGAGAGGUUUGUGGAAGGAAGCAGCACAUAUUAGAGCAGUAUUGAAGCAACUUCAAUUGAAGAAAGAGUUGGCAUGUAGUUGGAUUGAGAUGAAUGGUCAGAUCUGUCAGUUUUUUUGCAGUGACAAGUCUCAUCCCCGAACAGAGGACAUAUACAAAGAAUUAGUUAGCCUCAAUCAUAACUUUGGCAAUCUGGUCCGGGGAUUAGUUUGUGAAUACAAUACUGGAUCUCAUCGAAUGGUGUGGAUUUCAAUGAGGUUUUGUGUACAAGAGGUGGAUCUUUUGUACAUCCUUCUUAAGAAGGAUCUCCACAUGAGAACCAAAGCAUAUGGGCAACUUGAUGUCAUGUCGUUGCAGCUAGAGUCACUGGCCUUUUCGGCUUAUUUUCCUCCCACUGUUGGUUCUGCACAUGGUGUGGAACAAGCUCUUACUGUGUCUGUGAAUGAGGACAGUGUUGCUCUCUGCUUUGCUGGUCCAUAA